AUGAAACUGAGUGAGGCUGUGAGUAUGAGAAUGGGCGAGGCUGUGAGGAUGAGGAUGAGUGAGGCUGUGAGGAUGAAACUGAGUGAGGCUGUGAUGCUGAGACUGAGUGAGGCUGUAAGGCUGAGACUAAGUGAGGUUGUGAGGAUGAAACUGAGUGAGGUUUUGAUGCUGAGACUAAGUGAGGCUGUAAGGCUGAGACUAAGUGAGGUUGUGAGGAUGAAACUGAGUGAGGUUAUGAGGAUGAGUGAGGCUGAGACUGAGAAACACAAUUCUAUAAAUUUGCUGAUUUGUUCCUUUGAGAAGAUAGUUGAACUUCCUUCAAGGGAAUUGGGUGGAGCUGAUCUCGUACAAGAACAAUUCCAUAAACCAAAAUCCAGGUUCAGUGACCAGGAGCAGAGCAAAUCCUUCAAAAUGCAGAGCUGGGAAACCUCAAAAUGUUCAUGGCUCCUCUAUGGAUUCUGCUGCCUUUGUGCUGUUCUCCUUAUUACCAUCAUCAUCCUCAUUGUGCAUCUACAGAAGCCAGAAAUAAAGGAUAGAAGCCUUGAGUUUGAGUUUGGCAACUUCAGUGUGAAUGUGAAGACCCAAGUAUCCCAGAUAACUCAGGAUGGUACCAGACUAAUGAAGAAGAUUGCAGAGCUUGAAACAUCGGUGGAGCAGAUUCAGAAGGACCUUUCUAUAGGUUCAUUACAGAGCGACAUGCAGAAAGUCCUGGGCACCCUGGGACGAUUGGUUGACCGGGUACAGACAUUGCAACUUAAUGACUCCCAGGAACUUGUCUGCCCAGAGGACUGGCAUCUCUUUACUCUCAACUGUUAUUACGUCUCCAAAUCAGGGGAUUCCUGGGAAGAAGCUAAAAAGAGCUGUGAGGGGCUCAACUCUCACAUGGUAGUGAUCAAUAAUGAAGAUGAACAGAACUAUGUUUUUGGGAUAUCGAAAAGCCAGUUCACUUGGAUCGGCCUCACAGAUUCAGACGGGGAGUGGAAAUGGCUGGAUGGAACUCCUUAUAAUACGUCUCCCAAGUUCUGGAUUUCAGGCCAACCAGAUAAUUAUUUUGGCCAUGGACUGGGCGGUGGAGAGGAUUGCGCUCACCUUCAUUAUAACGGCGGAUGGAAUGAUGACCACUGCACCCGCCAAUAUAAGUUUAUAUGUGAAAAGGCCCUAUGAGCAAAGAGGCCAUCAACUGCUGGACAGCUGGAAGGAUGAGGGCGUUUUUGCCAUAAGGCAAGGUGAGCACCAAGACAGCAUUUCCCCAGAUAUUAGCAGACGCGGGAUAAAGCCGAAUUUCCUGUCCUUAAACCAGAAAUUCAGCUUUUCUAGUGUAAUUGACUAGUGAAAUGUCUGUUUUUGUAAUGUUAUUGUAAUAAACUUUUGUUGUUAAUGUUG